AUGGCCUCCAACGACCAGCCUCCAGCCAAAAGGCUGAAGAGCUCCAAUCUCCCGCCACAGCUGCGCGACGCAAAGCGCAAGGACAUCGACAACUGGGAAACGAACCGUAUGCUCACAUCUGGUGUCGCCCAGAGACGCGAUUUCGAUGGCGACUUCAUGCCCGAAGAUGAAGAAGCCACCCGAGUUCAUUUGCUAGUCCAUGACCUCCGUCCACCCUUCCUCGAUGGCCGCACGAUCUUCACCAAACAGCUCGAGCCUAUCUCAGCUGUCCGAGACCCGCAGAGUGACAUGGCCGUGUUCAGUCGGAAAGGAAGCAAAGUGGUUCGCGAACGACGUCAGCAGCGAGAACGCCAGAAGCAAGCGCAGGAGGCGACAACGAUGGCGGGAACGGCGCUGGGAAACCUCAUGGGUGUAAAGGAGGAUGAGGGUGACAGUGCGGUCGCUAUGCCAGUGGAGGAUGCCUACAAGAGCGGAAACAAGUUCGCCCAACAUUUGAAAAAGGAUGAAGGUGGGCAGAGUUCGUUCAGCAAGAGCAAGACGCUUCGGGAGCAGAGGGAAUUCCUGCCGGCGUUCGCGGUCCGAGAGGAUUUGUUGCGCGUCAUUCGGGAUAACCAGGUUGUGGUCGUGGUUGGUGAGACUGGCUCUGGAAAAACAACACAGCUGACGCAGUUCCUGCACGAGGACGGCUAUUCGAAGUAUGGCAUGAUCGGGUGUACGCAACCUCGUCGAGUGGCAGCUAUGAGUGUUGCCAAGCGUGUCAGUGAGGAAAUGGAGGUGGAUCUUGGUGAUGAAGUUGGUUAUGCUAUUCGUUUUGAAGAUUGCACAGGCCCGAAGACGGUCAUCAAGUAUAUGACCGAUGGUGUUCUUCUACGAGAGUCACUUGUCCAGCAGGACCUCGACAAGUAUUCUUGUAUCAUUAUGGACGAAGCGCACGAGAGAGCAUUGAACACAGAUGUGCUCAUGGGUCUUCUCAAGAAGGUCCUAGCUCGACGCAGGGACUUGAAGCUUAUUGUCACAUCGGCCACCAUGAACGCAGAACGUUUCUCCAGAUUCUACGGUGGCGCACCGGAGUUCAUCAUCCCCGGAAGAACAUUCCCUGUCGAUACCCAUUUCUCACGCACACCCUGCGAGGACUAUGUUGACAGCGCGGUCAAGCAGGUCUUGGCCAUCCACGUGUCGCAAGGUCCUGGUGAUAUUCUUGUGUUCAUGACAGGUCAGGAAGACAUUGAAGCAACAUGCGAGCUGGUCGAUGAGCGGUUAAAGCUACUAAACGAUCCGCCGAAGUUGAGCAUUCUACCCAUUUACAGUCAGAUGCCUGCGGAGCAACAGGCCAAAAUUUUCGAACGGGCUGAGCCUGGCGUGCGGAAAGUGAUUGUUGCCACCAACAUUGCGGAAACCAGUCUGACAGUUGACGGUAUCAUGUUCGUUGUGGAUUCGGGCUACUCCAAGCUAAAGGUGUACAACCCCAAGAUGGGCAUGGACACUCUGCAGAUCACGCCUAUAUCACAGGCCAAUGCCAACCAGCGUUCUGGCCGAGCAGGACGUACGGGGCCGGGCAAGGCAUAUCGUCUGUAUACCGAGGUGGCGUACAAGAACGAGCUAUACCUGCAAACGAUUCCGGAAAUCCAGCGGACCAGUCUUUCCAACACCGUCCUUCUCCUUAAAUCUCUUGGCGUCAAAGACCUUCUCGACUUCGACUUUAUGGACCCCCCUCCCCAAGAAACAAUCACCACAUCCCUCUUCGAACUCUGGUGUCUUGGAGCGCUCGACAACCUCGGUGAUCUCACUCCACUAGGACGUCAGAUGACACCAUUCCCAAUGGAUCCCCCGCUCGCAAAGCUCAUCAUCACCGCCGCAGAGACCUACGGCUGCAGCGAGGAGAUGCUCACCAUUGUAUCCAUGCUAUCCGUCCCCAGCGUCUUCUACCGCCCCAAAGAGCGCCAAGAAGAAUCCGACGCUGCGCGCGAGAAAUUCUUCGUCCCGGAAUCCGACCACCUCACUCUCCUCCACGUCUACACGCAAUGGAAAGCAAACGGCUACUCCGACGGCUGGUGCACACGCCACUUCCUCCACGCCAAGGCCCUGCGGCGGGCGCGCGAAGUGCGCGACCAACUGCACGACAUCAUGACGGUGCAGAAGAUGCCCCUGGUCAGCUGCGGCACCGACUGGGACGAGAUCCGCAAGUGCAUCUGCUCGGGUUUCUACCACCAAGCCGCGCGCGUCAAGGGUAUCGGCGAGUUCCUCAACCUCCGAACCAGCGUCAGCAUGCAACUCCACCCAACCAGUGCCCUCUACGGUCUGGGAUAUGUCCCGGAGUACGUGGUCUACCAUGAACUGAUCCUCACAAGCAAGGAGUACAUGUCCACCGUGACUGCUGUAGAUCCACACUGGCUCGCCGAACUCGGAGGCGUCUUCUACUCCGUCAAAGAAAAGGGCUAUUCCCAGCGCGAGCGUCGUAUCACGGAACAAGAGUUCAACCGGCGCGUGGAGAUCGAGACCCAGAUGGCGGCGGACCGCGAACGCGCCGCAGCGGAGAAGCAGCGCGAAGCGGAGAGGAACGAUCCGACCAGACGCAGAAAGGAGAUCGAAGUGGGAUCUGUGGUACGGAGGCCUGUCGCGACGGCAAGGCGUGUAGGAGGUGUGACGGCCUCGAGUAGUGGUGGUGGUGCGCGCAAUGGCGGAAGUGGAGGCGGAAGCGUGGUGAAGAAGCCGCAGAUCAAGCGCAAACCGGGACGGGCUUUUUGA